AUGACAACCGGCCAACCAGCAAUACAAUGGCGUUUCUGGAGUAUUUUUGCCUCCCUCCGUCUGCUGAGUCUCAUUGCUUCGAUCGAUGUAAGCAUUGUCACUACGGCGUUACCAACCAUCACCCGCGAGAUUGGGGGCGAACUUCAGUACGUAUGGAUCGCCAACUCAUACCCGUUGGCUUCAACCGUACCGCAGCCACUGUAUGCGCAAAUUUCCAACAUUGUCGGCCGGCGAAACCCCCUGUUGGUGGCGGUUUCGCUCUUCGCUAUGGGCAGUGGAAUUGCAGGAGGGGCUACCAAUCCCGCUAUGCUUAUUGCUGGACGAGUAGUGCAGGGUCUGGGAACGGGUGGAAUUUACGUGUUGUCUGCCAUUGUCAUCAGCGAUCUGGUGCCACUACGACAACGUAGCCAGUACGUGAGCAUCAUGUUUUUGAUGGCAACCGUUGGAGGUGCUAUUGGCCCGCUAGUCGGGGGUGCAUUUGCUGAGCGCGACUGGCGUUGGGUUUUCUAUAUGAACGUCCCGGCUUCGGGAGUCGCCUUGGUUUUGAUUUUCUUCGCGUUGAAGGAAAAUCCCACUGAUGGCUCAAUCAAGACCGCUCUUUCUCGAGUCGAUCUCUUAGGAAAUGCCAUUCUGGUCCCAUCCAUACUGGCCAUUCUCCUAGGUGCUGUUCUCGGCGGUGUCGUGUAUCCAUGGUCAUCGUACCAUGUCAUCGUUCCUCUUGUCCUGGGGGUUUUGGGGUGGGCACUAUUCCAUGUACAUCAGGCAUUCUGUAAAGAGCCCAGUAUACCACCUCGUCUGUUCCGAAACCGCUCGACGGUCUCGGCUUAUGGGAUGAGCUUCAUCGCCUACCUACUCACCCAGGUCUCCUCCUAUUUCUUGCCAGUCUACUUCAUGGCCGUGGCUAAUGCGUCACCAAUCCGAGUCGGAGUCGACUGCCUGAUAUACUCAGUGGUGGUGCCGGUCAGCGCUGUGUUCGCAGGAGGUUUCGUGGCACGUACGGGAGUGUACAGAUCGUUGUUUUGGAGUAGAUUUGCGCUACAGGCAGUGGGUUAUGGACUGUUGUCGACGCUGGACGGGUCAUAUUCUCAAGCCAGAUUCUUCGGGUUCCAGGCCCUUGCAGCUUGCGGAACUGGUCUUGUUAUACCGGCUCUCUUGCCUGCAAUUCUGUCGCCGCUUCCAGAAUCAGACGUUGCCAGCGCUAAUGGCGCCUAUUCAUUUCUGCGGUCGUUUGCGUUUGUUUGGGGUAUCACGAUCGCAUCGGUUAUCUUCAACGGCCAGUUCAAGGUCCACGGGGGUCAGAUCAGUGAUGAAACCGUACGGGUAAAGCUUGUCGACGGCGCGGCAUAUACCUUUGCCAGUGGAGGAUACAUCUUCCAGCUUCCACAGUCUACCAGGAAUCAGGUUAUUGGCGUGUACUCCAAGGCUCUUGCGACUGUGUGGCAGGCAGCGAUUGCAUUCGCCUGUGUGGGUUUCCUUCUAGGGCUGAUUGUGAAACACGUCCCACUGCGAAAGACGCUUCAUGAAACUAACGAAGAGCCAGAGAAUAUCUCAGUUACCAAGCAGACUCAGGAUGUCUAG